AAUCCAUUCAUUGGAGUUUUCAACUUGUAUCGUAAUUACUAUGCCCUCCACAAAGGAUCGACAAGCGUUGUGUAAAAAAUGCAAAAAGGGAAUCGCAACCAAGUCGUCUCGAGCUUCAAAACGUCUGAGAUCCUCGAAGUCGACGAGAUCUAGAAAGUCUGUGAAGCCGUCAAAAUCAAAUAAGAAGGCCGAAAAUGAGAAGAAGCGACAGGUAUUGAGAAACUGGAUUACUCGAAAGAGAAGAGAGUUCAAUAACGAAGAUUCGUCGUCACAAACGACUAGCAAAAUUCCAAAACGGGCCAUAUUGUUUUGUGUAAUGACCGACACUGUGAAAGAAAAGAGCGCACUGUGUGCAAUAAUCGCCACAAAGCGAAAACGGACAAAGAAAAAUAAUAAACCAAUCCAAAUUAUUGCGGAGUUGCGAAUGUCGACAAAGUUCCACUUCAAGCGGGUCUUCGAAAUAGUGGAGAAGAUGUGUCGAGAGCAAGGAAUUGAUGAUAUUGAUGACCAUUCGUAUUUAUUAGAAGUAAAAUCCGUUAAUGCGUUUGAAGGAAAUAGCUUCUCACUGGCCGCUGGGAUUGCACUUUAUGCGGUGUGCUCUGGAACAACUGUCAAGAAUGAGACUAUAGUCAUUGGGAAACUAGACAAAACUGGCAAUAUAGAAUGGGAUGAAUAUGCUGAAGAAGAAGUCAAACAUGCAAUCAAACACAAUUUCCAACAAGUUUUGAUGCCCUUUACCAACUUGCCACACGUUUCUGAGGAGCAUAAACAAGCUAUUGAUUGUAAUGGAAUUCGGACUUUUAAAGAUGCUCUUGAAUUAAUGGUCGUACAUCCAUCAUCUAUGCAGCGCCACAACGCUGGAGCCGACGACGUUUCAACAAAUGAUUAUGAUACAUUUGUCGAAAAGAGUGUAAAGCACACAAAAUCACCGGAAUCAAUUGAAUCUGGAUCAAUCACCGAUCAAAAUAUCACCGAUACAGACGAAGUGAAGGAUUUGGGCAACUACGUGUUUUUCAUCUUCAUGAUGUUUGGAUUCGGAGCACUUCUCCCAUGGAACAUGUUCCUCAAUAUUUCUUUUGAUUACUACACAAUGUUCAAACUUCGUUCGGCUGAUGGAAAUGCCACGUGGUACUCGUCAAACUUUCAAAACUCAAUGACGAUUUCUGCUCAAAUUCCGAGUCUCGUGUUCAGUGUAAUCAAUAUUUUUAUUGCAGUGAAAGGAGACUUGACUCGUGGCAUGAAAAUCUGUCUCAUCGUGGUUCAAUUGAUGGUGAUUGUGACGGUAGUUUUCAUCUACAUCGAUACCAGCACUUGGAUUGCUACGUUUUCUAUGCUGACUCUAGGCACAAUUGUUGUGCUCAAUGCAGCGAAUGGACUUUUCCAAAAUAGCAUGUUUGGCUUGGCAUCGCCAUUCCCAUUCAAGUACACGAAUGCUGUAAUUAUUGGUCAAAACUUUUGCGGAACCGCCGUCACCGUGUUAUCGAUGCUCACCAAAGCAGCCAGUGACGAUGUUCAAAUGCGUGCAAGUCUUUUCUUCGGUCUAUCCUCCGUUGCAGUUGUCGUCUGCUUCAUUCUCUUGAAUUUUUUGAAACGAUUAGCAUUUUACAAGAAGUUUGGAAUAUUGAGGACAUCGUCGCAAAGUGAUGAGGAGGGCAUAAGUAGUUGGGAGAGUGUUAAGCUGGCAUUUGAAAAGAGCAAAAUGCAAUUUGCCAACAUUUUCGUUUUGUUUUUCGUCACGCUGGCGUUGUUCCCGAAUGUUUGUAUGUACGUUAAGGAUGCGAAAAAAGGAGAAUUGCAUAGUUUUGUGGUUCCAGAAAAAUAUUUCAUGGAUGUUGUCACAUUCCUCAACUUCAACUUGUUCGCUUUUCUUGGAAGUUUGAUGGCAAACUGGAUUCGAUUCCCAGGACCCAACACUGUUUGGAUUUGUGUAGCUGCUCGCUUCUGGUUCAUGUUCUACUUCCCGGCUGCCAACUAUCAUCCAAUGGACUUUCCACGUGCCUAUCCGGUUCUCUUCGAAUCCACGUGGCUUUUUGCAUUCAACAUUUGCAUUUUCGCACUGACCAGUGGAUACUUGAGCUCUCUGAUCAUGAUGUAUGCACCAAGAUCACACGAAGAUCCGAAAAUUCAAAGAAUGGCUGGCAUGAUUGCCUCGUUCUUUUUGAUAUUCGGAAUUGUUGCUGGACUCGUGUUCUCGUGGCAGAUUCGAUUGUUCAUGACUGGAUAUGCCUAACGGUUUUGAUAUUCGACUUGAAAUGAAUCAAUUUUACGAU